UACUCCACUACUUCCUACAGUUAUACCACUAGUAGUUCAAGAAUCUCACACGCGUCACUCAUCCACACUCCACGUUUCUUCAAAUUCGAAUCCCAUUUGACUAGCAAUCCCAAACCUGUUGCUGAAUUUUCUCUGAUUCAUCUCAUCAGUUUCUUGGUGUAGUUCAUGUAGAAAGGUGAAAGUUAGAAGGGGGUUAAUUGACCAGAGAUCAGUAGCAAUGUCAAAGAAGGUGACUGGGGAAGAAGAAACUGCAUUGAGCUCAGAGGCACGGAAUGGGAAGAUGGUUUAUGAGCCAAUUCUCGAGGAAGGAGUGUUCCGCUUUGAUUGUUCUGCAGAUGAUAGAAAUGCUGCAUUUCCCAGCAUUUCGUUUGAGAAUCCGAGAGUCAGGGAUACACCACUCGCGAAUGUCCAUAAAGUUCCAACUUUCAUUCCCAGUUUUGAAUGUGUAGAGGGGCAACAACUGAUCAAUUUAGAGUUCCCUCUAAACACCUCGUUUUAUGGAACUGGAGAAGUUAGCGGGGAGCUUGAACGAACAGGGAAGAGGAUAUUCACUUGGAAUACGGAUGCGUGGGGCUAUGGCCCUGGAACUACUUCAUUGUACCAAUCACACCCUUGGGUUCUAGCGGUGCUUCCAAAUGGAGAGGCAAUAGGAGUUCUUGCAGAUACUACUCGACGCUGUGAGAUUGAUUUGCGAAAGGAAUCAAACAUCAAGCUGAUUUCUGCAGCGCCUUAUCCUGUAAUUACAUUUGGUCCAUUUGCUUCACCAACUGAUGUCCUUGCCUCUUACUCGCGAGCAGUUGGGACUGUUUUUAUGCCACCAAAAUGGUCCUUAGGCUAUCACCAAUGCCGCUGGAGCUACCAUUCUGAUGCUCGAGUUCGUGAGAUAGCAAAGACAUUUCGUGAGAAAGGUAUUCCUUGCGAUGUCAUAUGGAUGGACAUAGACUACAUGGAUGGUUUUCGUUGUUUCACUUUUGACAAGGAGCGAUUUCCAGAUCCGAAGUCUCUAGGAGCUGAUCUUCAUCAAAAUGGGUUCAAGGGAAUCUGGAUGCUAGAUCCAGGGAUAAAAAGAGAGACUGGUUAUUUUGUCUAUGAUAGUGGUUUGGAAAGAGACAUUUGGGUUCAAACUGCGGAUGGACAACCUUUUGUUGGGGACGUGUGGCCUGGGCCUUGUGUAUUUCCUGAUUUCACACAAUCAAGUGCCCGUUCAUGGUGGGCUCAGCUAGUAAAAGGUUUUAUCUCUAAUGGUGUCGAUGGUAUAUGGAAUGACAUGAAUGAGCCAGCUGUCUUCAAGACCGUGACAAAGACAAUGCCGGAGAGCAAUGUCCACAGGGGAGACAAAGAACUCGGUGGCCAUCAGAAGCAUUCCCACUAUCACAAUGUUUAUGGUAUGCUGAUGGCUAGAUCUACAUAUGAAGGGAUGAAACUAGCAAAUGAACAAAAACGGCCCUUUGUUUUGACUCGAGCUGGGUUCAUUGGUAGCCAGAGGUAUGCUGCAACAUGGACUGGAGAUAAUCUUUCCACGUGGGAGCACCUUCACAUGAGUAUCUCUAUGGUUGUUCAAUUGGGGCUGAGUGGUCAGCCACUUUCGGGGCCAGAUAUCGGUGGCUUUGCUGGUAAUGCAGCGCCAAAGCUGUUUGGAAGGUGGAUGGGAGUGGGCGCCAUGUUUCCCUUUUGUCGAGGUCACUCUGAGACUGACACUAUUGAUCACGAACCCUGGUCUUUCGGGCUAGAGUGUGAGGAGGUUUGCCGACUUGCGCUAAAGAGACGAUAUCGGCUUCUACCCCACAUAUAUACUCUCUUUUACAUGGCUCAUACAAAGGGCAUUCCCGUGGCAACUCCUACAUUUUUUGCUGAUCCGAAAGAUUUGGAGCUAAGGACACAAGAAAUUUCAUUUCUCUUAGGACCACUUCUCAUAUAUGCAAGCACGGGACAAGAUCAGGAGUUAUACGAGAUGGAACACAAGUUGCCAAAAGGAAUCUGGCAUAGUUUUGAUUUUGAAGACUCUCAUCCAGAUUUGCCUGCAUUGUAUCUCCAAGGCGGAUCUAUCAUUCCCGCAUCCUCACCUUAUCAGCAUGUUGGGGAAGCUAAUCGUACCGAUGAUUUACAGCUGUUAGUAGCUUUAGACGAAGCUGGUAAAGCCAUAGGAUCGCUCUUUGAAGAUGAUGGCGAUGGGUAUGAAUACACUAGAGGAGGAUAUUUAUUGACAACUUAUGUUGCUGAACGGCAGUCUUCUGUAGUAAAUGUGACGGUUUUGAAAACUGAAGGAUCUUGGGAGAGGCCCAACCGUCGCUUACAUGUAAAACUACUCCUCGGGAAAGGUGCAACGAUCGAUGCGUGGGGUAUUGAUGGGGAGGCUCUGAAAAUUCCAUUCCCAUCGGAGAGGGAAGUGUCGGAUUUGGUUGCAGCUGGUGAAAAACAACUAAGAACUCGUAUAGAAACUGCUAGACGUAUUCCAGACGUGGAAAACGUGUCUGGACACAAAGGAACAGAACUAUCUAGAACACCUGUCGAAGUCAAAAGUGGCGACUGGUCUCUCAAAGUCGUGCCAUGGAUUGGUGGAAGAAUAAUUUCCAUGGAACACCUUCCUUCAAAAACCCAGUGGCUUCAUAGUAGAGUUGAAAUCAAUGGGUACGAGGAAUAUAGUGGCUUGGAGUAUCGUUCUUCUGGAUGCUCGGAGGAGUAUUCUGUCAUCGAACGAGAUCUGGAGCAGGCAGGAGAAGCCGAGUCGCUACAACUAGAAGGUGAUAUAGGAGGCGGUUUAGCCCUUGUGCGCCAGAUAUGCAUCCCUAAAGAAAACUUGAAAACAAUCCGAAUCGAUUCCAGCAUUGUAGCUCGCAAUGUUGGCGCUGGAUCUGGAGGAUUUUCGAGGCUCGUGUGCUUAAGAGUGCACCCAACGUUCAAUCUGCUGCAUCCAACUGAAACAUACGUGUCUUUUACUGCAAUCGAUGGGUCUGUCCACGAGGCUUGGCCGGAGUCCGGUGAACAGGUUUUUGAAGGGCAUCUUCGCCCAAACGGCGAAUGGAGGCUUGUCGACAGAUGCCUUGGGCUUGCCCUAGUAAACAGGUUCAGCAUCGAACAAGUUCACAAAUGUCGAAUCCACUGGGGCACGAUGAACGUGAAUUUGGAGCUUCGCUCAGAAGACAGGCCGGUGUCCAAGGAAUCUCCUCUUCGAGUAUCUCACGGAUACGAGGUAAUACGAAUGCCAUAAACUUGAGGACGGCGGAGAUCUUAUGCAACAGUUUAUAAUGCAUCAAUAAGUGUUCAGCUCGAGUUUCAUCUCCUGCUUAAUAAACCCAAUAUGAUGUUUAUCAAUGUUUUGAAAUUCUCUACGUUAAAUUUGCACUUAUGUGAACAAAUCAAAUUUUAGUAGUAUUAAUUAGUCUUAA